AUGGCAACGGGUUAUUCGACAGGUGUAUCACCUUUUGAUUUGGAUGAAAACAAUCACAACGACUCAAUUCAUCAUCGACACCAAAACCACCACAGCCAGAGCCACGACUCCCUGGGUGAACGUGACGAUACUGAAAUUGAAGACAUCAUCCAAAAAACAUCGAAACUUAAUAUUAAUACCUCAACGUCAACCAAAAUAAAAAACUUUUUCUUCCAAUCCUCCAAUCGUCACGAUUCGUCAAAUUCCCCACCAUUGAGGGAAGUGUUUAUCAAAACCAUUAACCCACUAAUAUUAACAGCAAUUUCAAGUUUUGUUCGUCUUUAUCGUAUUGAUGUGGCCAAUAGUGUCGUGUGGGAUGAAGCGCAUUUUGGGAAGUUUGGCUCGCAGUAUCUUAAACGCCAGUUUUAUUUUGAUGUCCACCCGCCAUUGGGUAAAUUAUUAAUAGGAUUGUCGGGAUACUUGGCCGAUUACGAUGGCAAUUUUGAUUUUGAGAGUUCAAAUGUUUACCCAGACAAUGUUAAUUACGUAUUUAUGAGAAUCUUCAAUUGCUUUUUUGGAAUUCUUGUUACUCCGUUGGCCUACAAAACUGCAGUAAUAUUAGGGUAUAAUCAGUUCACCUGUUGGUUGAUCGCUUUCAUGGUGAUUUUUGAACAAUUGUCAUUGACAUUAUCCAAGUUUAUUUUAUUGGAUUCAAUGCUACUAUUUUUCACAGUUUUAACAAUGUAUUGUUUGGUUAAGGUACACACUUUAGCCAUAGCCCGUGUUGGUAGCAACUCCAAGACUCCACUAACAAAAUUGGAAAUCAAAUGGUAUAUUUUGACCGGUAUUUCAAUAGGAUGUGUGUGUUCUGUUAAGUGGGUAGGAUUAUUUGUCACGGCUUUAGUUGGAUUUUACACAAUUGUUGAUUUAUGGAUCAAGUUUUAUCAAACUUUUGCUAUUGACAAAAAGUCUCCUAAAAAAAUGUCGGUUGUCAAUUAUUUAAUCCAUUGGGUUGUUAGAAUUUUUACAUUGAUAAUUAUCCCCAUGACAAUUUACGUUGCCACUUUCAAAGUCCAUUUUAUGGUGUUGAAUCAUACUGGUCCUGAUGAUGGUACUUUGUCUACUUUAUUACAAGGUUCGUUAAUUGGAAAUGACCUACAAUCCGGCCCCAGAUCAGUAGCUUUUGGAUCAUUGGUUACUAUCAGAUCGCAAGGUUUAUCCCCUAAUCUUAUUCAUUCACAUCCUCAUAAUUAUCCACAGGGUUCACAAGAGCAACAAGUGACUACGUAUGGGUUUAAGGACGAUAAUAAUGAAUUUUUGUUUGAAUUUGGUGUUGAUGCAGGCUUACGUAACCAACACGCAACAUUAGAAAAUGAAAAUAGUACUAGAAAUGGUGGGAAUGAUGAUGAUUAUUACCAUGUAAUAAUUCAUGAUGGUGAUACUGUGAGAAUCAACCACAAAAACACAGGGUCUUAUUUACGAGCCAAUGCAGUAGGUGCUCCGAUAACUUCAAGUAGUUAUGAGGUGUCAUGUUUCGGUGAUGUUGAAAGCAAUGACUGGGCAGAUGAGUGGGUGAUAGAAAUCCAAUCACAAGACCAAUCACCAGAUCCAAUGUUCCAAGAUGAAGACCCGCUGGAGAUACAUUCAGUUUCGACUAGUUUUCGAUUGAAACAUAAACAAUUAGGGUGUUAUUUGGCCACUACUGGGAAAUCGUACCCUGCAUGGGGGUACCAGCAGGGUGAAGUUGUGUGCAAAUAUUCUGUUUUCAGUCGUGAUAAGAAUACAUGGUGGAACAUUGAAAAACAUGUUAAUAAUAAAUUGCCAUUACCUGCAACUGAGUAUGUCCCACCGAAACCAAAAUUCUGGAAGGAGUUUAUUCUUUUGAAUUAUGCCAUGAUGGCAUCCAACAAUGCCUUGAUCCCCGAUCCAGAUCGAUUUGAUAAACUCAGUUCUGAAUGGUGGGAAUGGCCAAUAUUAAAUACUGGUCUCAGAAUGAAUAGUUGGGGUGAUGCAGAUAUUAAAUAUUUUCUUUUGGGUAAUCCAUUGAUUACUUGGAUUUCAACAAUUGCGUUGAUUGUUUGCCCCCUUUAUUUGUUGGUUGUUGGCAUCAAAUAUCAACGUCAAUGGAUAUUGUUAUCAGCAACAGACACUAGCAAUGCCAACCCAGCAAACAGUCAAUCAUUAUCGUUGUUAGCAGCUCGAGCAUUACUUCCAUUGGCGGGGUGGGUUUUGCAUUAUGUGCCAUUUAUUUUAAUGGGUAGAGUCAAGUAUCUUCAUCAUUACGUCCCAGCAUUAUAUUUUGCCAUCUUUGUUGCUGGGUUUAUUGUUGAUGCCAUUUUAAAUUUGGAUUUUUCAUAUCAUAACAAUAAAUUUCAGUAUAUAUUCAAAGUGGUGAUCUACUCUACGUUAUACUUGGUGAUUUGCAUAAGUUUUUGGUACUUUAAAGAUCUCUCCUUCGGUAUGGAGGGGUCAUCGGUUGAUUAUCGACACUUGCGACUUUUAGGCUCAUGGAUGAUAUAA